UGUCCUCGGCUGUUCAGAGAAACCGGGUGAGAUGUUUCUUAUUUUACCACAAGCCUCCCCCAGCCGAUUCUCAUACCAACACUGUGCACCAAAAAGCAGAAGUGAUCAGGAGGAUGUGUGCCAGACAGCUCACUUGUGUCCAGGACUAAGCGGUAGCACUUUGCUGUUGUCUGUGAUUCGGCGCACAUGCUGUCCUAAGAGGGUGUUAUGAGCCCCUAGAAGAGGAGGCCCAAAAUGUCUUAUCUUCCCAGAGCAGCCGCUGAGCUCCAGCCCUCUCUGGAGUAGUACACCCCGUCUCAGUGGGAAACUUAACCAGUCUCCCCUUCCUUCCCUGGCUGGGAGCAGCCGUCAGCAUGGAGGAUACCACAGCCAUAGUCACCACAGUCCAUUGUGCACCAGUCACCAAAGCUGCAAAGCAGCAGGCCCCAGGUGAUGAGGAGGACGAGGAAGCCGGGGGCUGGGACAUAGGAACAGAAAGCUGGAACACACAGAGUGCCGCUUCUGCUGCGAUGAAACUCCCUGUGCUCACGCAGCCUGGCCUGGGGGUAACCACGACAACAGUGACCACCAUCACUCAGACGGGAGGGGAUUGGAGCAGCAGUCUGUUCAACGUGUGUGGAGACAGGACCACAUGUCUCUUAGGGGCCUUUGUGCCCUGUUGUUUGGACCUGAGUCUGGCCCACCAGUACGGGGAGUGUCUGUGUCUGCCCCUGCUCCCUGGCUCCACAUUCGCCAUGCGGGUGGGCAUCAGGGAGAAAUACAAGAUACAGGGCAGCGUCUGUGAGGACUGGACUACAGUGUAUUGCUGCUACCCCCUGGCCAUCUGUCAGAUGAUCCGAGAGAUGAAGAGGAGGAUGAAGAGCCAAACCUACAAGGUAUCCACUGCACUAGAGUGUUCCUGACAACAUGGCUGUCUGUGUGUUUGAUUCAUUCAUCCAGGUCAGGACCACAUCUUAUUCAUAUUACAAUAUUCAUGAUCUAACCUUGGUAACUAUAGCAAACUUGGCUUGUGUAUAGAACCUUCAGAGGCUCAUGUCAUUUCAUUGGUGCAUCACUGAUGUCUACAUAUUACUAUGUCACAGAUGGAUGGAUGAUUACUAUGUCACAGAUGGAUGAUUACUAUGUCACAGAUGGAUGAUUACUAUGUCACAGAUGGAUGAUUACUAUGUCACAGAUGGAUGAUUACUAUGUCACAUAUGGAUGGAUGAUUACUAUGUCACAGAUGGAUGAUUACUAUGUCACAGAUGGAUGGAUGAUUACUAUGUCACAGAUGAAUGGAUGAUUACUAUGUCACAGAUGGAUGAUUACUAUGUCACAGAUGGAUGAUUACUAUGUCACAGAUGGAUGAUUACUAUGUCACAGAUGGAUGAUUACUAUGUCACAGAUGGAUGGAUGAUUACUAUGUCACAGAUGGAUGGAUGAUUACUAUGUCACAGAUGGAUGGAUGAUUACUAUGUCACAGAUGGAUGGAUGAUUACUAUGUCACAGAUGGAUGGAUGAUU